AUGUCGUCGGGACUCCCUUCCGACGAAGUCGCCGAGGAUUACAAGAACUCGUUGGAAGACUUGACGACAAAUGACAAGUUCCAGAUCAGCAAUUUGACCGUCAUAGCUAAGGAGAAUACAGAACAUGCCAUGGCGAUAUCACGAGUUCUGGAGAAUCAUAUUCGAACAACACCGCCAUCUCAAAAACUACCUGCUCUGUACGUAGUCGACAGUGUUGUGAAGAAUGUAGGAACACCCUACACUCUCUUCUUGGGCCGGAACCUUUAUCAGACUUUUAUGAAUGCAUACACCUUGGUCGACCAGCAAACGCGGAGGAAAUUGGACGAGAUGCUCAAGACUUGGAAGGAGCCUGUUCCUGGCUCUUUAGACCCUCGACCUGUGUUCCCGGUUGAUAUUACUCGGAGCAUCGAGAACGCGCUGAUAAAGGCCAGAACUGCUGCACUUCAACAGCAGCAACGAAAUCAACCACAAGAUUCGCUUGCUCGGGGUCGAAAUUCUGCAACGCCGCCGUCAUGGACGCAUACUCUCACACCUUCACAGGGUGCAUCACAUCGAUACCCACCAGCCAGUUCUCAAGCAGGUCAUGGCAGCAUGAAUGGACAUUCUCAAGGAAAUGGAUCGGAGUCACAUACUCCUCAACAAGGUCAAAAUGUAGAUCUUGCGGCAUUACACCGUGACAUAGAAAACCUGAUUGGCACUGCACGAGCAGAGUUUGCUGCAAACCCAUUUGAUGUAUCGAUACAACAACGCCUGAAGGCGUUAUUAGAUCUCCAAGCAAUCCUGCAACGCCAGCAACUUCCUCCGGACCAACUGAAACUGGUCAGAGAUCAAGUCUCGGCUCUAGCCCCGCCAAAACCCGCAGCAACCCAGCCAUUUUCUCAUCCAAAUGUACCUAUCCCGAAUAUAUCAACGCCGUCGACUCAGCCAAUCCCACGAGCAACACCUCAGCCCAAUCUGGCUGCCUUGCUAAACCCAAACACACUUGCUAGUUUAAUUCAAGCAACGGCAAACCGCCAGCAAUCCACUCCCACGCCAGCCAUUGGCGGUAUUGUUCCCCAGAUUCAGCCAUCCACCACUCCCCAACCAGCAGCAACCCCAGUAGCGGAGAAUCCUCUCAUUGCAUCACUUAGAGCACGAGGCCUUCUUCCUCCCGUACCUUCUACAGGAACGCCUCCAACGGGGGCUUCAUUUAGCCUCCCUUUUCUCGUUCCCGGACAGACUCCCGCGGCUUCGGUUUCUACACCGCAAAGCACGACCGAUAUCACGAUCAAUGUUCAUAUGAGCACAGCUUCUAUAAAAAUUCCUCGUCCCGUGUUGAUAAACAGUCUUUACGACGCAAAAAACAAUCGUUGUGGUACCUGUGGACGACGGUUUAUAUCUACAGAAGAAGGCAAGCAGCAAAAGGCUCGCCAUUUAGAUUGGCAUUUUAGAACCAAUCAACGUAUGACGGACUCUAUAAAACGUGGCCAGAAUCGUAGUUGGUAUGUCGAUGAAAGGGACUGGAUUAAAUCUCGAGAGUUUGACGACGACAGCGGCGUAGCAGGCACCGGCGGUACUGGCACCACUACCGCUGAGGAAGAAGCUGCAAAGAAGCAGCCACAAAAGCAAUGGAUUCGCGCGCCAAAUGAUGUAACAUUACGCAAUGCACCAUGUCCAAUCUGCCAGGAAAAGUUCGAGUCGACAUGGUCAGAAGAUGUGCAAGACUGGAUAUGGCAGGACGCACUCAAAGUAGGGAACCGUGUUUAUCAUGCUAGUUGUUAUGCGGAAGUUACCAAGGAUGGUUCUGCUACUUCUGCUGCUGCUCGUGCGGGGACUCCCUCAGGACGUACAGGUACACCGGACUCGGUGCUGGGGAAGAGAAAGGCCGAGGAUACCGAUUCACCUGGUUCAAAAGUCCGAAUCAAGACAGAGCCUGCAUGA